AUGAGUAGUGAAGCUUCAGAGAAAGAUGUUUCAGGUAGUGAGACCAGCCAGCCACCAAACGGCCAAGAAAUAGCUAAAAAUUACACACCUCAUCCGCUCCCACCAGUGCCAGAGGGAAUGUCGAAAUCUCAAUGGAAGAAAGUCUGGAGAAGAAAAAGGUGGGAAGAGACGAAAGACGAAUUCUCGCAAAAAAGACGCGAGAAGAAGAUACGAGCCAAACUGACCAGGCGUGCCAAAAUACAGGAAUACAAAGAACGCGGUGAGGAAGUCCCGGAGGAAUUGUGCCGCAAACCUCGCAAAAACACAGCGCAGCUUGAUUCCGGUAUCAAAAUAGUCAUUGACUGUGCCUUCGAUGACCUCAUGAACGAAAAGGAGGUGAUCAGUCUCAGUAACCAGAUUACGCGUGCGUACAGCUUCAACAAGCGCGAGAACCACCACGCGCACGUGACCGUGACGAGCUUCGACAAGCGACUCAAAGAGCGUUUUGAGCGAGACCUAAAGGAUUCACGCUUCUACGAUUGGAAGAACUUCGAGUUUUGCGAGGACCCACAGCUUCCAGUGGAAAAUACCGUGUAUUUGACGGCAGACACUGACGAAACUCUCGAGAGUCUGGAACCUGGCACGACCUACAUUGUCGGAGGCAUAGUCGAUAAGAACAGACACAAGUUGCUAUGCUAUAAUAAGGCGCGUGAGCUCGGGAUCCCUACUCGAAAGCUGCCUCUGGCACAGUACGUCAAUCUAACGGGCCGAGAAGUGCUUACAUCGACGCACGUGAUCCAGCUGAUGCUUCGGUAUUUUGACAACCGGGACUGGAAGGAAGCGUUCGAGGCCAUUCUCCCGGCUCGUAAGCUGGAAGAAGUGACCAAGAAGCUGGAGGAUGAUAGCUCCGAAGCAGGUGGCACUGAAAAAGGCAUAACUGACGGCGAACAUAGUCGCGAAGAGAGCAUCGAUGGGUCUUCCGCUAUUGAAGCGGUGGUUGAUGUUCCUGAAAAGUGA